AUGGGCAUUCCAAUAAACUUACGUACUAAGCUGAUUUCUUUACCCCAAAUAGCAAAAUCUUUUGGAAAUCUUGUAAUUGAUGCUCCGGUAAAAUUUGUACCUGAGGAGAUCCCCAACAUGGAGUUGCACAACUUUGUAAGAUUGAUAAGGGAUACUGUGACGAAAACAAUUACUGCUUGUGACAAAAAUUCAUCAGACGAUGUAGUUUCUGCACUGGCAAAAAUAUAUAAUGACAGUUUCGUAGCGCAAGAAUGGGGAGGAAAUAAUGAAGUUGACAUGUUCACAAGUUCAAGUUUGUGUAGGUUUUCUAUACAAGAAGCUGAUUUUGGUUGGGGAAAACCAUGUUUAAUGCAUUUUGGUUCAAGGCAUAAUCAGUAUUGUUGGUUGUAUGAUGCAGAAUGUGGUAAUGGGAUUUGUGUGCAGGUGGAUUUGAAGGAAAAUAACAUGCAGUUAUUUGAAUGUGACAAUGAUAUUAAGGCUUUCUUUAAGUUUUAG